UCUGUACCACCUACCUUACUAUCACCUAGUCCUUACCUCACAGCACACUCUAUAUCCCCACGUCUUAUUCAAGAUGCGCAGCCCACUCCUCGCCUUCUCUCUCGUGGCCGCCGCCGUGAGCCCUAGCCUCGCAGCGUCGCACCCCAACUCACCCAAGUUCGGUCGGUCCGUCACCCAUCCUCGCGUCACCGAAGUGCAGAACCCGGGUGCCGAAUCCCUGCAUCUCAAGCGUAGCGGCCUGAACGGGCUCGGCCUCAACAAGCUCGAGGGCUCAGGCGCAAACCCUGUCGAUAUGAUACUCCCCCAAGGCGCAGCGGCGGCACCCCCUUCCAAAGCUGGCGCUAGCAAGGCAGACGCUGGGAGCAACGAUAAUUUCGAUCCCUUCGCCGGAGGAGAAGAUCCUAACCUGCCGGUCGACCCGUCAGACGUCCCCGACCCCAGCACCAUCCCAGCCAGUGAACUGGACAACGUACCAGUUACCCCUGCGACCCCUGCAGAGCCAGCCCAACCAGCCAAUCCUAAUGGCAAUGGCCAGCAAGACCCAGCCAGUGACGGCAGCAGAGGGCGUCAUGCACCGAAUAGGGCAGAAAUCGAGAAGAUGUUCGGAUCCGGCGGCGAAUGGUGAUAUGAAAUGGGGGAGUGGAUGAACAUACGAUUCAAAUGAUGUCUUGCAUGGUUAAGACGUCUAGGACGCGCUGUGACCCUGUACAUAGGCUUGUCCUGUAG